AUGCAUACGAGGCAAGUCUCAGUGCUAUUCAAAUCCUUCUCGUUUAGUUUCGUAUGGGCGUUUUUCCAGUGGUUUUUUGCAGCCGGUGAUGACUGUGGAUUCGCCAGUUUCCCCACCUUUGGUCUCAAAGCCUAUGCCCAAAGAUUCUAUUUUGACUUCUCAUCAACAUAUGUUGGUGUGGGAAUGAUAUGUCCUUAUAUGGUUAACAUUUCAUUACUCAUUGGUGCAAUCAUGUCAUGGGGCAUCAUGUGGCCACUCAUUGAAGCCAAGAAAGGAAUUUGGUACUCAGCAGAUAGCAAGCAGUCUUCAUGGCAUUCAAGGUUAUAG